AUGACCAAACUACAAAAUAUCACGUGGAUAGAUGUUGUCUUAGCAAUAUUAUUAGUUGGUUGUCAUGCCGAGGACAUAGAAGGAUGUGGUGGAGUUUUUAAUUACGAUUUUGGAGAAUUUACCUCUCCAAACUUCCCGAAUAAUUACGAGAGUAACAGCGACUGUUAUUACUAUAUAACAGUUUCUACAAACAAGCGUAUCCGGUUGGAGUUCAAGGCAUUCAAUAUACAAUAUAACGAUUAUGUAAAAGUGAUUGAAGGAUCUUCUAUAGACAGUCCGCCAGUCUUCACGAAAUAUUCCGGUCCGUACAUUCCUGACAUCAGCCUGUCUACCAGUUACAGCAUUAUUGUCCAUUUCCACUCCGAUGAUCUGAUGGAGGCUACCGGGUUCCAAGCAGAGUUUCGCGGUGUUACCAGCGACACGCCAGAUGAUGAUACAUGCGGUGGUGAUUUAUAUGGUGACAUGGGAACAUUGCGUUCACCGGGCUAUCCAAACGUUUACCCGAACAGUCUCAACUGUGAAUAUUACAUAUCGGUAUCUGAAGGGAGACGAAUCACGGUGCAAUUUACAUUCUUUGAAACGGAAGAUACUUACGACUGCGUAUCCAUAUACGACGGAAACAGUUUAUCUGCUAAUAUGAUUGGCCGUUACUGUGGACUGACGUUACCACAAAUAAUGAGGUCAUCUAGCUCAAAUAUACUUGUUCAUUUCACUAGUGAUUCAGUAACCCAGUAUAAGGGAUUUGAACUUUUGUAUACUUCUAACCCGGUGGGUGGAAUAUCAGUUUGCAGGGAUGACGCAACGUCUUCACCUGGUGGUGUCAUCUAUUCCCACGACACGUACCCUGCGGGACUUCCGUCCAACGCCAUCUGUUCUCUUGCUAUUGACACAUUUGCACAAUAUAACUAUGUGUAUUUGAACAUUCUUCAGAUCGAUAUACGAGAUAACAGGAGUUCUGAUUGCUUGCAGGGCAAUUCCAUCAUACUGAGUACACUCGACACCAAGUCCCGGAUCAUUGAUGUUGUCUGUGACAAGAGUGAAACCAAUAUUCCGUAUACUACCUCCGAAGGUUUGAAUAUUACACUCCAGAUUGAGAACACAGAAUAUAUUCACAGUGGUGUAAAGGCUGUAUUUUCAUUAUACUACCAAGCAACGUCAUUGGGAAUUGAGUACAGCUGUCUCACGGGCAAUGACUUCUUAUGUACUUCAAAUCAACGAUGUAUAUCUGCUUCAUUGCGCUGCGAUGGUUUUGAUAAUUGUGGUGACGAAUCAGAUGAACAGAAUUGUGAUAUAGAAGCUGCUGUGACGACGUCCAUCGCCGGCUUUACAAGUAGUGUUGUAUUUGUAUUGCUAAUAAUUCUACUGGUUGCAUGCUGUUGCCGAAGACGAUAUGGUAGGUUUGGUGGUCGUCGAGUCGUCAGAAAUACGCAGCCUACGACAAAUAUACAGCAAACCGUUGUAUUUUCACAAAAUACCGCGCCUAACCCCCAAAACGCCCCUCCGCCCAUCCAACCAACUUAUGGCCCUGGAGCUCCAGCUAUGAAUCCUGCUGCCUAUACUCAAGUACCACAGCAAGCAUAUGGAGGAGUGCAGAUGGUCCCCCAGGGAUAUCAAGCUUGCCAACCAUACCCUCCAGCAGCCAACCAACCAUAUCCACCACCAGGCCCUCAACCAUACCCAUCUCCUGGGAACCAACAAUAUUCAACCCAGGGCAGCCAACCCUAUCCAACCCAGGGCAAUCUUCCAUACCCUCCCCCGGGUAACCAGCCAUACCCGCCUCCGGGUAGCCAACCAUACCCGCCUGCCCCGUCCGAUACGUUGCCGCCACCAAUGUACGAUGACGUGGUUAAGAACCCGUCACCAAUGUAAUCGUGAGUGUGCCAUGUGGCGACGGGAACGUAGUACGCCAUGCUGACAGCUGUUUUUUUCUCGGUUUUGUCACAAAAUACUGUGCAAAUGAAAGUAAAAACGUCGAAACGAUGUGUGCCCCAAUAACUAACGCUUACUCUUGAUACUAGUAAGUGCUGGCCUGUUCAGAACAAAUACCUUACGUGAAUGGGCCCUGGCCAUGGAUUAGCUGAAACCAGAUGUAUCACCAAUGUAUCUGUUGUCAGUGUUACCUUUUAAGAGUCGCAAUUCUUUUCUUAAAUAAAUGCCGUAUUUCGGACCGUAGUUGCGAUUUCGAUAAUCGU